GUCGCGUUAGUCUACCUCAAUCGGUAUUUUGCUUCCAUCUAUGAACAGAUGCGAUCGGAGGAUUAGGGUUUUGUUUUUAGCGCAUUAUUGUUUCUUCCAUUUUUCUGGGAUCGGAAAACUCGUGUUUGCAGUCGAACGAGGAGAUCUCAGUCAAUCGAUCGAGUAAAUUAACAGAGAUGGGAGGAGCUGAGCAUGGACAUGGACAUGGACAUGGAGCUGAGGAUUUUAGGACGAAGGUCUGGAGCAUGUCGGGUGGUCCAUACUGCCGGCCCAAGCACUGGCGUCGCAACACCGCGAUUGCCAUGUUUGGUGUCUUCCUAAUUUGCAUCCCAAUAGCUAUGAAAUCUGCUGAGCUUGAGCAACGGCCUCAUCAUCCUGUGCGCCCAAUUCCUUCACAGCUCUGGUGCAAGAAUUUUGGAAACAAAGACUACUAGUAUCAGUAUUGGUUGAAUACAACCUUCAUUUGUAUUGUUGAUUGAAGUGGAUUUGAGGAUCCUCUGAAGACAUGUUCUUGUGAUGUUUCCUACCAUCAUCAAUAAGUCAUGUGGAAGAAAAUGUUAAAAACUGU